AUGGCAGUGUUUCAUGACGAGGUGGAAAUAGAGGACUUCCAACGUGACGAGGACUCGGAGACGUAUUUCUAUCCCUGCCCAUGUGGCAAUAACUUCUCCAUCACCAAGGAAGAUUUGGAGAAUGGGGACGACGUGGCAAUGUGUCCUAGCUGCUCUCUCAUUAUAAAAGGGAUUUAUGACAAAGAUCCGUUUGUGGGUGCAGAAACAGUCCCAGCCCCUUUAGCCAACAUAGAAUUAGUUAAGUGCUGA